UACUGAGAAGAACGAAGAAAAGAGAAUAAUAAAUAAGUUUGAGUUGAGAAGCAGGGAGAAAAGAUGCCGCAGCAUUGCGCAGCUUAUUCCUGCUCUAAUCGCCGGACUUUAUUGAACAGGAGUCGGGGGAUUACUUUUCACAAGUUUCCCAAAGACAAAGAUGUGAGGAAGAAGUGGGAAGUGGCACUGAGGAGGGAAGGAUUCACUGCAAGUGAUAAAUCCGUGCUUUGCUCUGAACAUUUUAAGCAGGGGGAUUUUGAUAGGACAGGUCAGAUUGUCCAACUCAGAAAUGGUGUUAUUCCAUCCAUCUUCAACUUUCCUGUUCACCUCCAAAUACCGGAAAAGUGCAGGACUACCGCUACCUCCAGAAGAGCUGAAGAGAGCCUGUUCAUGGCCUUUCAGGAUGCCCCAGAAACUGCACCCUCACACCCACAACUUCAGCCUAAUAAUGAUCAUGGCUAUGCCUUGCCUGCCUCUCCUACCUCUCUUAAGGCCAGAUUCACUGAAACCUUAGCAAGAGUGGAAAGUCUGGAGCGAGAGAAGAAGAAUGCCAUGGCCAGAGAAAAGAGGGCAAAGAUCACAGUGAAGAGUCUUUUGUGGGAUUUGAGGGAAAAAAACCUCAUUAAUGAUGAGCUCAAAGAGAAGCUGGAAUUCUACUAA